AUGUUUAAACUGCAAUGGAUUCAAAAUGGUGGGUGUUGUGGUGUGUGUGGUGAUCCAUGUGAUGGAGUUAGAGAAAAUGAAUUUGGUGGACGAUAUGCUCAAAAUAUUAUCGCUUCUAAAUAUUUGCAAGGUGCUACUAUUCCGGUAACAAUCGUCAGGACAAACCAACAAUCCUUAGGAUAUUUUGAGUUUCGAAUUUGUGAACCACCUGAAGAUCAGGCUGUGACUCAAGAAUGUCUCAAUAGGAAUUUGUUACAGAUACAAGAGAGUGAUUUUGCAACGCAAUUUUACCCUGGAUCUGGCGGACAAACUUUUCAACUAAAUGUGAAACUACCCCCGGAUUUAUUCUGUACUCGAUGUAUUAUGCAGUUUAAAUACAAUACAGGUUACAGAUCACCUGAAGCAUCAAGUGGUUGUGGUUGUUUAGGUUGUGGUCAACAAGAGCAGUUCUAUAAUUGUGCUGACGUAUCAAUAGAAAGAGAUGUGUCAUAUAUACCAUCCUCGACGAGUCAAGAUAGCAACACUCCAAUAGCAUCAAGCACCCAACCACAAAUACUAUUCAUUUGUACUACCAAAUCUUUCUAA